AUGCAGUCUAUUAACCACGUUGUUAAAACCUACCUCGAUCAGAAAGGACAACCCUUACCACGCGUCACACUUGGCGCUGUGAGUCGUGAUGGGUCCUUCCACUAUACGAAGUGUUUCAAUGGUAACUCGGUGGAAUCUUCCAGAGCUGAUGAUGUUCACUGGAUUGCAUCCGUAACCAAACUUAUCACGAGCAUCGCUGUUAUGCAAUGUGUCGAAAGGGGUCUUCUAGACCUAGACGCAGAUAUAUCCAGCAUUUUGCCAGAGUGGAAAGAUCCCCGGAUAUUGAUUGGGUUCGAUGAGAAAAAUGAGCCCCAGUUUCGACCAGCGAAACGGACCCUUACUCUUCGACUUCUUAUGACUCAUUCGGGUGGACUUGCCUAUACAUUCAUGCAUCCCUUGUCUAUCCGCUACCAGAAGUUACAAGGCGACCGACCUCUGGUACUUCAGACUAUCAGGGAAUCUUUCCAAACGUUCCUUGUAUUUGAGCCUGGAGAACAAUGGUUGUAUGGCCCUGGGCUGGAGUGGGCUGGACUGAUGGUCGAGCAUGUGACGGGCCUCAAACUAGGAGAGUAUAUGAGACAGUAUAUAUUUGAACCUGUGGGAGCUCGGGACGUUACUUUUCAUCUGAAUGAGAGACCAGACCUCCGCGUACGAAAGGUGAAGCUGUGGGAACGACACAACGACGGACUAAAAGAGGCCACAGACUUCUGGUGGCCUGAGCCAGUUAUUGACGAUAUUGGAGGCGGUGGCAUCUACACAAAUGUGCCCGAGCUCCUGAAAAUAUACCUUGGUAUUAUGCAGGGAAAGUUGCUACGGCCCGAGACUCUGGAACUGAUGUUUAAGCCACACCUCGAGAACCGCAAAAAUCUGGAUAUCCCAGAAGACUACGAUCUGGCAAGUCGUAAUGCGCUUUACAACGCUGUCCCUACCAAUGUCCCCGCCGACUAUGGGCUUAGUGGUUUGAUCAAUACUGUCGAGGUGCCUGGUCGCCGCAGUCAGUAUUCUCUCUCUUGGUCUGGAAUGCCUAAUUGCUACUGGUGGAUGGAUAUUGAAAAGGGUGUCGCUGGAGUGUAUUUGUCCCAACUCCUUCCAACGGGCGAUCAGACAGCUAUCGAGCUUCUGACUGAAUUCGAGAGGGCCGUGUAUGCUGCUUUGAAAUAA